AUGCCUGAGUCACGAAAUCAUAAAUGGCUUCAAAAGACUAAUGCGACGUUGAAUCCCGUUCAGGCUACCCAAUUGUGGACAUUUGAAGGUGUAUAUUCGUAUCUUAUCAAUGGUGGAUAUUACUAUAUGGAAGAACUUUUGAAUGAGUUUUUCUUAUUAAACAGAGAGGUUUUACUAAAUCCAUCACCGUUUACAGAGUCGAGCAGCAAACCUUUGAAGAGUGAACUAAAAGAAUUUUCACUCCGGACUGUAUUGUAUUCUGGUGUUACUCCAAAUAAUAUAAAGGAUGCAGAGCAAAUUGCAGAACUCCUUGGAAUAGAUAAGUAUGAGGUUUUGAGAAUAAUAUGUCAAACGUGCAAGAAAAUCCCAGAAAGAAAAGUGUUUGAUUUUAAGAAGCUUAAAUCAAAGUUGCCCGAUGAUAGAGAAAAGUAUUUGGAAGAGGAAAGAAUAUUGCUUUACUGUAGAAGAGUGCUAAACGAAAGGAGAGUGAUAUUGAGUUUAGUUAUUGAACUUUCGAAUGGAAGUCAGUCUAUGAUAAUGUCUAACUUGGCUAAAGAAAUUCUUUUGUCACAGGAUUACAUACCUCGUCUAAUCAAGACUUUAAAUGAACAAAUAUUUUCAUUUUCCUCGCUAAGGCUGGCUUCUACGUCAAACAUUGACUCACUAAUUUAUGAAGAGACUAUUUUAUUUAUAACUCAACUUCUCCGAGUACUAGCCAACUUACUUUAUGAGGGCGCAGUUAGAAAUAAAGAAAUCACUGAAAGUUGGUUUUCAUUAAUGGGAUCCGUAAAUUUCAUGAACGAGUUAGGACAGCAUAUAAAUGAUAUCGAACAAUUCUCAAUAAUUCAAGCCUUACUGACUAUUAUAUCGAUUUUAUUGCUAGACAUGGAUGCAAACUUCGCCACGUUGGAUUCAACUCAUUACUUUAACGAUUCCAAACUAUUCAAAGAGAUUAACGAUAUAAUAUGCAAUUCAGAUAACCCAAGUUCUAUCGUUAUGUAUAGCUGGUCAAUCAUUUUGCUAAAGAAGAGCUUUUUCCUUGAUGACCUGAGAGCAUUGCCUUCGACAUUGGUAUUUUCUAGGGAUUUGAAUCUGUCAGAUAUUGUCCAAAGCAUCGAAAAUUUGAAAUUGAAGUAUGCAAGAUUAGAUGUCUUCAAUGAUAUGACUACAAUUAUUAAUGUUUUAAACGACCAACAUAUGUAUACAGUGAUUAUAUCAAAUGUGAUACAUUCUGCUAUACCAUUGAUUGUGAUGACUCCUGAAAUAUCUUCAUGUAUCCAAAAAAUUUUGGAGUGGGUGGUUAAAGAUAGCUUUUUUGAUGAUGUAUCUUUCCAAAAUGCAGUCAUUCUCUCAAGAGCAAAGUUUCCAAUACUUAUGACGCCUUACUUAAACUUGGUUUCGAUUGAUGAUGAAUUCGCUUAUCAAGAAUUAAUCGAACUCAAGUCAUAUGCGACGAUCUUUAAAGCCACAGAAUUCGAACAUUUAUAUGAAAUUGAUAAUGAAAAUACUUCCUUAGUGAGAUUGACUAAGUCAAUUGACUUGUAUCCUCCUUAUGAGAUCAACAAGAAAUUGUCUCUAUUUUUAUCUGAAGGUACUAAAGCAAAAAUUCUUCCAGCUUCAAAUAGCGAUGAAAUUAUUGUUAUAUUUUUGUACAAAUAUAAUGGCUGGUCUUUAUUAGGAAGAGUCUUGCAAAAUGUAUCCAAGUUGUUCGAUAGCACAGAUAAAGAUAAAACUACCUUGAUUCUUAGCAUUUUGAAAGCUAUGAAUGCCACCGUUUCGGGACAGAAUUACACAACGAUUUUGGAAUCUAUGUCGGCUUAUACUGAUGAUUCAGAUAUUAUUGAAGUAAUCUUAAGGUUAUUUGAGCAAGCAUUGCAUUCAAGAAAUAUGGAAAUCUUAGAAUCUAUAUUAAAGUUUCUAGACGACUUUGUUGCCAAGGAAAGAACCUCACAUAAAGUUUUACCUUAUAUAUCUAAAUCCUCGUUGCUACCAAAUAAUGGGAAAGAAGGUUUUGCAUCAACCAUUUUUGGUGCAAUUGAAAUGGUAAAUGGGGAAUACAAAUUUUCUUUAGCUUUGCUCACGCUAAUUGACCUGCUUGUUUUUGAUUUUAAUGAUAGAGAUCUGCCGAAAACAAAAUCUUCGGUUCUUGCGAGGUUUAUUCGGCAUAUACUCAUGGUGUUUGAGAGCUCCAUUAAUUGUAACUUCAAGGAUAUCAGAGAAAAAUUUAUGAUGAUAGGUCGUAUUUCUAGUAUUUUCAGCAACGUCUUGGAGAUAAACUAUGGGCUCACAGAUUAUUCGAAAAAGCACAAUAAAGAGUCAUACGCUGAAUCUUGUCAACUUAUUGUCUCGUCAUUUUUAAUAACUGGGGACGAUUUUUCGAGAACUACAAUGCCAAUACUUGCAUUAAUUGAUGAGCUUGCAGAGAAUCCGAGAAAUUUGACAAAUAUGUUUGAUAGCUGGAUUCGUGAAAUAUUUACAUUUGCAAAGUUGAUCGUUGGUGUUAGAACAAGUGCUAAUAUGCCUCCGUCGGCUUUUGAAAAGGCUCUUUUUUCAAGGCUUCCUCAAUUAGUGAUGAUAUAUGCACAAAAUGAAAUUCUACUGAAAGAUGUUCUCAAUUUGUUAACAUGUUUGAUGAAUGGAAAAUGGGGCGAUCAACUGAAACCCUCGAUGUUAUCGCAUCUAGGUCAAGAUUAUGCUCAAGUAUUAUUGUACUCGUUAGCAUCAGAUUUGAGUAACUCAAUUAAUCCAUAUCGAUUGAAAAUCGCUAUUUAUAAUUUCAUUUGCUCUGUUUUAGAUGCUAACCAGGAAGGAAUGGCAGUUUUGUUUGUUAAUGGAAAAGACCUUUUUGGACACUUCUCACAAGAUUUAGCUUCAAAUGAACUAGAUGCGGAAUCUAUAACACUUUUAGAUGUAUUGAAAAAGAACGUCCGCGAUAUUAAACAUGUACCCUACCAUGUUAGCGUUCGUUUGGCGAAUACCAUAUCUUUGGCUUUAAAUUCAUGGAUUACUACUCGCGAAAAUAACAAUGACUCUGAAUUUGUGAAGGAACUUAUUUUCACGGUAAGCUUAAUUGAUUCGAGUGACCAAAAUGACUCUAUCUUAUACUCUGAAGAAAGUAAAUUAAAAUUGAUUGCAAAAUUGUUAGAAAUAUUAUCAUUGGUCUUAUUUACAACAAAAAGCGAAGAGUGCCAGAAAUCCAUCAUAGAAUUCAUUAAAUCAGAUGUUUUUUUCAGUACAAUUAGCGAGAAAUUCAAAAUUGGAGACUUAUCUCCCGAAAAAGCGUUAGUGAGUAAAAAGAAUACGGAUAGGUUCGAUAAGGAUGAAUGGCCACCGCUUUAUUCUCAACUUUAUGAUCCGUGUGAUGAAUCGAAUUACCUCAAUGCUCAAGUAUCAGUGGCUAAAUCGUUAGGAGCUUUACUAACAACUUUUUGUCGCAAAUUUGAAUCAUCCGUGGAUCAGAAGUUUCUAAACCUCAUUAUAGAACUCUUGAGAAUCAAUGCGGCCGAAGGGAUUCAAAGUGAUAAUAUUGUUGAGUUAUACCAAGUUAGAUUAGAGGUAGCAUUUUAUAUCAGCUACACCUUCUUCAGAAAACAAGAUACGAAAUUAAAUGUCAAAAAUAUUUUUGAAAUUGUGAAGUCUAGCUCAGAAAUAUUGUCUUCACCUAGCAUAAAGUUUCCUGACUGUUUGAAUAAGGGAAACAGUUAUUACAGACCGCAGCUUCGUAUUUUAUAUUGCUUUUUGAGCAUGAUCAAAAAUGAGUCUGUUAUAUUGAUUGAAUUCUUCAGUGUCUUCAGGGGUCUAUUUGAACUCAUCAUAGCAAAGGGCAUCAAAUCAGUGUUGAUAGAAUUGCAAAAUGAAGUUUACUUAUCUCAAACAAAUAAGUCAUCUAUCUUGACCAAGAUCGAUGAUAAAAUUGAAGACUUAAUGUUGAUACUAUCAAUUUUAAAGAUUUUUAUGAGUAUGAAAAUAUCUCCUGAUCUAGAGCGAGAUAUGGCCAAGACUAUAGAAAGCAACGGCACUCUCAAAUCACUUUUGAGUCUUUUUUCAUUCUCCCAUUUGAUUGAGGUUGACGGUGAACCGAUCUUUGCUCAAUUGUGUUUGAUGUUUAUUCAGCAGCUAAUGAAAAAUGAGAUUAUUUGCAACAAAUUUGUUGACUCAGGGUUAUUUAUCGUUUUUGUCCAAAGCUCCAUAUCUGAUCCUCUUAGACAAGGAGGUAUACAUAUAAAUUCUGGGCCCCAAUUCCACAAAAUUUGGACAAACGGGAUUUUACCAAUAUUUUUAACUUCCUUGGCCAAGCUUGGACCUAACGUUUUGCCUGAGGUGUGUCUGGGUCUUCGCUUUUUUGGUAAACAGAUUGAAUAUUGCAUUGAUAGCUGGUCAAAAGAUUCUUCUUCAAUAAGAGUUACAUCUGCCACUGUUGCGGAAACUAAUCAAAUAUUACUAUUACUUCAAUUAUUGCGCUCAUUUAAUGUUACUGACUACUUAAAUGGAACAGAUGAUUUCGGUGAGCAUGAGACUAAUACUGUCGAUAUUAGUGUCUUACCGGGAUUGGACUCAGAGUCUAAGAGAGAAGAGUUCGUAGAAUGCAUUAAUAACUUGUUGAAACACCCUAAAUUUCUAGCUUCCAGAAUCUCAGCUAGUUCAUUAGAAGAACAAAGGCUAAUUGAAGCGGGCGGGCCCAAUUUUGACUUGUUCGUGAAGAAUAUAGUUGAUGAGAUUCGUGAUAUGAAAGAUAUCUUGACUUAA